AUGGGGAGUCGCCGGAUCUGCCUGUUCCGAGGGCAUUUGGCAAUGUUUCAGCAUCUCUCAGGGGAAGGGAGGGCUAAGGAAGAAGAGGGUGUUUCCCGCGUUAUCAAACGAGGCGAACGAUGUCGCCGUGCACUUUUAAUUGUGCUGCAAAUGCCAUUUCGACUAGGCUUUAUAUUAGUCAUGGAGCUCAUGUCAGAUUUUCACUGGCGCUUUUCUAAGGUAUUAGUUAAUAUUGGCAACCAUUUUGAUCUUGCUUCCAGUAUAUUUGUAGCACCAAGAAAAGGGAUAUAUAGUUUCAGUUUCCACGUGGUCAAGGUCUAUAACAGACAAACCAUCCAGGUAAGUUUAAUGCAAAACGGCUAUCCAGUGAUUUCAGCUUUUGCAGGGGAUCAGGACGUCACCAGAGAAGCAGCCAGCAAUGGGGUCUUGCUCCACAUGGAAAGAGAAGACAAAGUGCAUCUCAAACUGGAAAGGGGUAACCUCAUGGGAGGGUGGAAAUAUUCAACCUUUUCCGGCUUCUUAGUCUUUCCACUAUAA